CGAAAGGGGCUGGGUCCAUUGCUGAACAAUAAGUCCGAUAUUUGCUGUUUUCAAGACAGUCUCAGCGCUCCAUAACAUACUGAAAAUAUAUUAUCCAAGGCGUCAGCAUGGGCACAGUGCAUGCAAGGAGUAUGGACACUUUGCCGAUGCAAGGGCGUGACCUGGGCGUUCACCCGGAUGACUUGGAUGUGAUGGAGGUGCAACAAGAAACGAAGCAAGAGAUUUUGGAAAACAAAGACGUUGUUGUCCAGCAUGUCAACAUUGAAGGCUUGGGACGCACUAAAGAGGAUUACCUAGGUUAUGAAAUCUCAGAGGUCUUCAACGCCAAAAACCUGGUUGAUGUGAUGAAGAAGUCUCAUGAGGCCAGGCAGAGGCUGCUCCGUUUGGGUAUAUUUAAGGAGGUAGAGGUGAUCAUCGACAUCUCAGAAGGUGCAGAUGCUUUGCCUAAUGGUCUGGAUGUGACAUUUGAGGUGACGGAGCUGAAACGGCUGACUGGCAGUUAUAACACCAUGGUUGGGAACAACGAGGGAAGCAUGGUCCUGGGUAUAAAACUUCCUAACAUGUUUGGCCGUGGAGAAAAGCUCACCUUCCAGUUCUCCUAUGGAACUAAAGAGACGUCAUAUGGCCUGUCUUUCUUUAAGCCUCAGCCCGGAUGCUUCGAACGCAAUUUCACACUAAACCUGUAUAAAGUCACCGGCCAGUUUCCAUGGAGCUCCCUGAAAGAGACUGACAGGGGUAUAUCCACAGAACUUAACUUUCCUCUGUGGAUGACAGACCAUACUCUAAAAUGGGAGGGUGUGUGGAGAGAGCUUGGCUGCCUUGCGCGUAGUGCUUCGUUUGCUGUGCGAGAGGAAAGUGGCCACACCCUCAAAUCUGCACUCUCGCACACCAUGGUCAUAGACACUAGGAACUCUGCCAUUCUUCCUAAGAAAGGUGCCUUGCUACGAAUCAACCAGGAGUUAGCUGGCUAUACAGGAGGAGACGCUAGUUUUCUGAAGGAAGACUUUGAGCUGCAGUUAAACAAACCGUUCAUCUUGGGUUCUGUUCUCUCUGCCUCCCUGUGGGGAGGAAUGCUUUUUCCCAUUGGAGGCCAACCCACUUCUAUUGCUGACAGGUUUUACCUCGGGGGUCCAACAAGUGUGAGAGGGUUUGGGAUGUACAGCAUCGGUCCUCAGAGUGAAGGGGACUACCUCGGGGGAGAGGCAUAUUGGGCUGGUGGGAUCCACCUGUACACUCCCCUCCCCUUCCGCUCCAGCCGUGGCGGCCUCGCAGAUCUCUUCAGGACUCACUUCUUCCUCAAUGCUGGAAACUUAUGCAACCUCAACUAUGGUGAAGGUCCACGGGCCCACCUACAGAAGCUGGCAGAGUGCAUUCGAUGGUCGUAUGGAGCAGGCAUUGUGUUAAAACUGGGAAAUAUUGCCCGGCUGGAGCUGAACUACUGUAUCCCUAUGGGUGUGCAAAGUGGUGACAGGAUAUGCGAUGGUGUUCAGUUUGGGGCUGGUAUCCGCUUCCUGUAAAGUCUUUGGCGGCAGCUCUGGUGUUGCUCCAGAGCAUUGUGGGAGAGCAAGCUCUGUAUGGCAUGUGAUUGGUAGGAUUGUUGACACUAAAUUGAGGGAUUCUCCUGCACGCACAUUCAGGGGAAAGUGGCAUUAGUCCAACCCCCUUCACUCAUUGUAUUUGUAGCUGAAAAAUGAUUGAGGUUGUUCAGUUCUGACACCGUCCUGGCUUCUGUUGUUUUAGUUCUCUGGUUUUGAAUGAUCAGGUAUGCGAAUGAGAAAAUGUAUGGCAAUACUGGAAACAGAAUCAGUCCACUUGUCAUUCCAGAUGUGCUUGUAAAGUUGGAAAUUUAACAGAACUAUAGUUUUGACCAGUGCAUUAUGUUCACUUUGGGAGCUCAUGAAAACAGGGGGAAAAUUCAGAAGUAAGAAAAUACUGUUCAUCCCAUCAUUUUUUCUAUGUUUUUCUGUCUAUUUUUCUAUUUUUCAAAUGUGCAACAAAUGUCAAGACUACACAAAUGCAGUGUUUACUGUGACACUGAAACCCACUUUUCAAGUUUUGACCACUUAGGGAUGUUCCCUAGAGGCACCAAUUAAAAAUAGCCCUGUCAAACAAGGAACGGAGCCAGGGAUUAGUCUGGGUGUAUGCUAGCAGUGAACAGUCUGGGCUUUGUGCAGAAAAAUGCUACAGGCUUUAGAAAAUCUAACACCAGGUGUAGACUGAUUGUUGUAGCUUGUUACACUCCUAACUCACAUUAACUAAACCUUUAUAAAUGAUAUCACAAAAGCACCUUUUCUCUUCUAUUUUUAUGAAUGAAUGAAGCAGUUCAGUGUUUUUGGUCCAUUUAUCGUUGACUGCUCAAUGCCAAACCAGAUAAAACGAAGCAAUUCAGAUUCAUUUGACUGAAUGGAUCAUGAACUGGUCCUCAUUCCUGUUUCAGUCCCUGAGGACUGAGGUUAGAAACCCUUUUUAAGAUCCACCAGCAGU